UUCUUGCCUUUGUUUUUCUCUUUCAACUAUGCAGUGGUUACCGGCUGCUAUCAGUAUGCUGCUCAUCCUGUUGGGAGAAACCUAUGGAGCCGUCACUCCUUCUUCAUCCUCUAUCAAUGUAUCCCAGACCUCAUCUAUCGUCCCAGCCAUCACGUUCCUGGCAGCUAGCACCGCGCCGUCCUUUGUCCCAGUACCUCAACCCACCUCCACCAUAGAUACCAAUGGAUUCUCGGACGAUUCCAGAGAUAAUCAGAACCAACAGAGUUGGCUGCAGCAACAUAGCCGAUGGGUGUUUGUACUGGUGAUUGGUUUAUUGGUAGGUGCCAUUAUCCUCUACUAUAUCGUGCGUGGUAUCACCCGAGCACGACGAGAGCUCAGGGCGGAAAACGAAAAGCUUGCCUUAGGCCCCAUGCACAUGGGUCCAAUCUCAUCACCGCCGAAAUACGAAGAAGCUACGAGUGGACGAUAGAAUAGAAUGCUGGCCAUCUACCUUAUUGUCAAUUUUUUUUUUUUUUUUUUAAUUUUUAUAUUUUUCGUUAUUGGGUAAUAUUAGGUUUGUGUUGAAAAUCCUAACUUCCAUCAUAUUCUAUCUUCUUUGACCUUGUUUAAAAAUACAUCCACUACACUAUCUGCUGCCUGUCCACUCGUCAUUUUGCCAUCAAACACUUUACUCUCUAGUUCAGCGACAUGUUGUUUGACUUUGUCGUCCGAGUUCAGACGAUCUACCAGUUCGCUUGUAAUUUGCCGCCACAUCCACACCUUGCGCUGCGCCCCCCGCUUCUCUGUCAAUUUA